AUGGAAAGUACGUUGAGGUUUGAUGCUCACUCGUAUCACCAAUUUCCAAAUUAUCACGAGAUGGAGUCGGCGUACAUGCGGUUCCUUUCUAAAGACAUAGGAAAGACAUCUGCUACCGAACAAAAGGGGGAUUCUUACUUGGUAAAGGAGAUACAGAAAGUUCGCGACAACAUAAAGUCUUCACUUGAAAGUAAUGGUUCGUGGAACGAGCGAAUGGAGAAGCUGGAAGCAAUCGUAAAGGAUAUGUCUCUGCGCGUGAACGAGUUAGAAGUUCAAAUCCAACGUCUGGGACAGAUUCUGCCUUCUGAAUCACUCAAAGGUGCCAAACCGAUUAGGCCUGUUGUUGUCAAGGCACCGCCAGCUGAAGGCGGUGAUGACGAUGAUAUUGACCUCUUUGGUUCGGAAGACGAAGGCGAAGCGGAUAAGUGCAAGCAAAUGAUGGCUGAGCAGAAUAAGGCAGCAGCAUCGAAGAAGGAAAAACCGGUGGCCAAGUCGAUGAUUGUUCUGGACGUGAAGCCCUGGGACGACACCACAAACAUGGCAGAGAUGGAGAAGGGCGUGCGUGCAAUCACUGCUGACGGUCUGCUCUGGGGCACCUCUAAGCUCGUCCCUCUUGUCCAUGGCAUUAAUAAGUUGCAGAUCGCCUGUGUCGUUGAAGAUGAUAAGGUUGGUACCGACUUCCUCGAAGAGAGCAUCAUGGAGCUCGAGGACUAUGUCCAAUCGGUGGAUGUAGCUUCCUUUAACAAGCUGUAA